GGGAAUUCAUUUCCAAUGUCGAAUUCUCACCAGAGCACACCCUUCUCUCAGAAAUAGCUCAUUUUUCUGCUUCAAAAUAUUAAGCUAGAAAAAAGAUGUCAAAUUUUGCAUUUUUAUAAGAAAUAAUUUGAAAUUAUUAGGUAGUGAAUUGUUGGGUGGGUAUACUUAUGAUGAAUACGAAACCUAUACCUUUCAUUUCUAAUUGUUCUAUCACCCAGUUGAACUUCAUCAUUACGUCACUAGCCAAAUGAUAAAAAUAAAAACGGCUUACCUAUUGACAUAAUCGGGUAGGUAAAGGUAUAGGUAAUACCAAUAACUAAUAAGCAUUGGCAGACGCGAUUGUGUUUAUAAACAGAAACUGAAAAUAUUUCGUUUACAAUGAAUGGGUACCUCAAUUAUUGUGUCGAGCAUAUUAUUUCAUUUCGUAUGUUGUCUAGGUAAAUAGAUAGAUAGUACAUAGAUACUCAUGUGUUGUAAAAGCAAGCACCUGAUUUUGCUGAUAAUAAGAAUUUUUACCCGACUAUUCGAAUACUGUGAUUUUGUAUUACUUAGCUAUCAUAUCGUUUUCAUUUGUUCGUCUGGUGAUGAAGCUGUUUCUAUCCUUGAUAUCAGUUAUUUUUCAUCUUUAUGGCUUCUACGAUUUGCUCCAUUUUUCUUUCUGUUAUUUUACGUGAUUGUAGACGCAUAUGCAAAUGAAAAAGAAGAUCGAAAUUACCUGAAACUCUUCCUGCUGUUUCAAUCUAUUUGUUUGAUAAAAACACUGAUCAUUAGUGCAGUAUGCCUUCAGUUAUAUGACAGUAACCUGAGCCUAAAUACGGAUACUUUUGCAGAAAAAGGAAAUCGGUGGCUGCUUUUUAUAAAUUCGUAUUCGUUGUUGUUCUUUUAUUUUGUGCAGACUAGUCGACCUUUUUUAAUGGGUUAUCUUAUUCAGCUAGGUUUCAAUGGAUAUGUUUUAGCAUUAAUUUGCUUCCAGUACAGAAAAUUUCGAUCAGAACAUCAUCGUCGUAAUCGUAAGGAUGUACCUAUUGCAAUCGCAAUCAUUGGAAUCGAUCUCGUGAAAUUUUAAAAUGUGUUUUUCUCUUUGUAAUUGAUCGUGUGGCGUUAUAUGUCGACGAAUGUGUCGAUAAAUAGGUGGGCAAUUUUCAACGAACCUAAAUAUUUAUUUCAUUUUGUUUCAUUGGUGUAAAAUAUAUCUCUUGAAUUGUUGGUAAA